UUUUUUGGAAAAUCUCGAAAGCAUCAACAAGUUGGAUUUCAAGCCUACUGUUCGUGAUUUGAUUAUGAGCUACGUCCCAACCGUGGGAAUACAGAAUGUAAUUUUUUCAGUCGACAAAAAAGUGUUCCAGUUAUUCGACAUUGGAGGCCAACGAAUAGAUCGAAGGAAAUGGGCGACCAUGUACGACGGCAUAGACGCGAUAUUUUUCUGUAUCGCUAUAUCAGAGUACGAUCAAACUAUGUUCGAAGACCCAGAA